CAUCCCCAUCCCCAUCGCCGUUCUCAGCCGCGCUGGUCCCCGCCGUUACCCCGCAUUUCCCUGCCCGGAUCCCGGCGGAUCCCGGCUCUCCAUGGCCCGUCCCCGCCCGGCGCACGGCUGCGGCAGCGGAGCGCUGCUGGGGCGCUUCGGGGUGCUGCUGCAGGCGCUGCUGGCUCUCUGCGCCUUCAGCACCCUCAUGCUGAAACGAUUUAAGGAACCAAAGGCAGAGAGGCGUCCCUGGAGGAUAUGGUUUUAUGAUACCUCCAAGCAAGCUAUAGGUGCCCUCUUCAUCCACUUUGCCAAUGUUUUCCUGUCUGAUCUCACUGAGGAGGACCCUUGCUCUCUCUACCUUAUUAAUUUCAUCCUGGAUGCCACGCUGGGGAUGCUGCUGAUCUGGCUGGGUGUGAAAGUUGUCUCCUGGAUUGUGCAGCACCAGAAAUACACGUACCUGGUCUUUGGGGAGUAUGGUGACCCUCCACAAGCUGCUGCCUGGAUUGGCCAGUGCAUCCUCUACUUGCUGAUAAUGGUUUUUGAGAAGACUGUGAUUAGCCUUGUCCUGCUUAUCCCUGGCUGGACAAAGCUUCAGCAGAUCCUCCUGGGUUACAUCCCAAACCCUCAGCUGGAGCUCGUCCUGGUGAUGUUUGUUGUGCCUUUCAUAGUCAAUGCCAUUAUGUUCUGGGUUGUGGACAGCUUGAUUAUGAGGAAAUACAAGCAGAAGGAUACCCUAGACAUAAAUGGAUCCACAGAAACUCCUCGGGCCAGGAGGACUGAGGAAUCUCAGGUACUGCUCUCUCCAGACAUGGAUUUUGAUCAGUCUGAAAGCGACCAGGAUGUGUCAGCACUCCGGGGACCCAGCCAGAAGAUGAAGCAGCCCAGCUACCAAGUGGUCAUCUGAGGCACAAGGGAGGUGGAGGAAGGAGCAGCACUGUGAUCCUUGAGCUGGCCAGGGAAGGGCAGGGUGGGGAAUACUGGGUCACCCUUGCAGAAAUCCUUCUGCCUGCCACAUCUUAGACCUAUCCUGCAGUUGUCCUGUGGAUGGAAUCUGUGCAUCCUGUACAGGCUUGAGCAGAAUCUGCUUUCCCUGCCUGCCCCACAUGCAGGCACGUUGAGGUUGGGGAUACAGGGAUCUAUUUUCCCUGGCUAGGCAACUGGGUGUGACUUCUUUUUUCUUUUGUCAGGGCUAGUGACUGAAAUGAAAAGAUUGUCUGGUUUUUUAAUAGAAAAAAAAAAAAGCUCUAUUCUGUACUACCUGAACUGUGACACUUUUAUAUGCACAAUGCUCAAAAGAAUUGGUUUGCAAUAUGUAUUUAAAUGUCUUGAAUUGGGAAGCUUGUCCCAGUGGAUCUGAUUCUUUUUACUGUUUUAUAAGGAAUCCAAUAAAUAUUUGACCUAAAA